UUAUGUUUAAAAGAAACAACAAGUGAUUAUGAACGUGUAGUUACUCGUUUGACAUAACUUUGAUUCUUUUUAUUUCUUAUAAUAUCUGUAAUAUAUGUUUCUUUGUCCGUCUGUGCCCGAGCACGAAAGUGGAACAGUGGGUCGCGUUGUGAUCAAGGUGGACUCGGGCAUGUCCCGGAACGGCUGUCAGCCCGGGGAUCUCUCCGAAAUCGUCGAGUUUUGCGAGAACAACAAGAUACCUGUCCACAGUAUCAUGACCCACUUCGCUCAGUCCUGGGACGACCCUGUCUUCACCAAGGCGCAGCUAGACACGUUCAUGGAGGUCGCGAAACCCUACAGGAAUCGUGGCAUCAAAAUACACGCGGCUAACUCCGGGGCCAUAGUAAAUCAGAUAGGCGUGGACUUGGACUACGUACGACCCGGUAUCUCCAUGUAUGGCCAGGCGCCAGAUACCAGUGAGCUGGGUGUGAGCGCUACUAUGCGGCUGGGACUUCUGCCCGCUAUCAGCUGGUACGCCCUGGCUAAUAAAGUCACCCGCCUCGCUAAAGGCAGAGUGGUCGGCUACGACCAGACAUACAAGUGCACCCAUGAGGAAACUAUAGCUGUGAUCCCCAUCGGGUAUGCCGACGGUUAUCUCCGAUCUCAUAGUAGCGCAUGCGUACGCACAUUGGAUGGAACGCUUUGUCCCGUUGUGGGCCGUGUUUCUAUGGACGCCAUUACAAUCCGAUUACCGGCGGAGGCCAUUUCGUGCCGGGAGUUCUGCCUGAUGCCCAGUGACUUCAACGAGAACAACUCGAGCGUGGCGUUCGCCAGGUACCAGAACACCAUUCCGUACGAAGUUUGCACAAACCUAUCUAGGCGCAUGCCCAGACUGUAUGUCGAGGACGGAUCGGUCAUGUCUGCAACGAACAUUUAAACGUCACAUGGCAAGUGUGACGUCAUCGGUGCUCGAUCGUCCGCUUAGAACAUUUAACCCGAAAAGUCAUUUGUAUAGCGGUCACAUUCUGUGUAAAUAUAAUGCUUCAUGUAGAAGAUGCCAGUCACCAUUUGGUCAUGUUCUCUAUAGUUGCAAAGUGCUGGAAUUAGAUGAAGCAUGUGUACAUAAUUACUAGUGCAUGUUAGUUUAUUUCAGCUACGAAUCAAAAAGCAAAAAAUGCACCAACAUGUUUUAAACUUUUAUACAUGUAGUUAUAUUGCUUUGUCGAUGUUAAACUACUCUUGUUUGUUAGCUUUCUCCACUACUAAAAUGGUUUGCAUACUUUAUACAAUCGUCAAAUGGUGGACGGUUGACGUCUGUUUUUGCGACACUGAACAAUUAACGCAAUUGCUUGUUUCGCAGUGAUAGUAUAUUUGAUGUAUUUUGCAGCGUUCAUGGGUGUUUUUUUAACCUGUAAACUUUGUGUAUGUGCUAUAUUUUCGAGCGCGCUGUAAUAUCCAGAUUUAGCUUACUCAUUUUGAUUUCUAUUGUCGUUGAGAUGACCCCUGUACUGAAAACCUAAA